UCUAACGCAAAGCGCGGUCGCAAUUUUGCCAUGUUUUAGGUUAGGUAUGUUUUUUGCCCGUAACACAAUACUUGAUGCGGCUGUUUUCAUUUUAUUUAAUGUCUAUCGAUUUAGGUACCUGUAUGACAGUCAAAACGCUUGCAUCAAGUUGAGCCUUUUUAAUAUAUCUAUACAUCAAUUAAACGUGGGUCGAUAUUUUAGUUAAAGAUUCUGGUAAACAAAAAGCAAUCAUGUCAAAAAGACCCAUUGAUGACCAGCCGUCUACUGAUAUAAAGAAAGUAUCAAUAGGUAAAGUAAAAAUGCAGGGUUAUCCACAUUAAAAGGAUAUGUUGCAGAAAGAAAAGGAGAGCGAGCAGAUAUGCAAGAUGCUCAUGUAAUAUUGGAUAAUUGUACUGCAGACUUCACACAAUUUGCGGACAAAAUUCAAAGAGUUGCAUAUUAUGCUGUAUUUGAUGGCCAUGGUGGUCAUCGUGCUUCAAAACAUUGUGCAAAUCAUUUACAUCAACAUUUGAUGCAAAAAUUACCUAAAUAUGAAGUUAAUAAUUUUCCGAAAGAAAUGAAAAAAAUGAUUUUUCAGUCGUUCAAAUCAGUUGAUGAGGAAUUCUUAAAAGAAGCUUCUGCUCAGAAACCUGUUUGGAAAGACGGCACCACAGUCUGUUGUAUUUUAUUGUUGGAUGACACCAUGUACAUCAUGAAUCUUGGUGAUAGUAAGGCCAUUUUGUGUAGAUAUAAUUCAGAACAUAAAAAACAUGUAUCAGUGUCUUUGAGUAAAGACCAUAAUCCUACUGAUUAUGAUGAGAGGCAGAGGAUACAAAAACUAGGAGGUCAAGUCAGGGAAGGGAGGGUUAUGGGUAUCUUAGAAGUGUCAAGAUCAAUUGGAGAUGGUCAGUAUAAAAGAUGUGGAGUAAUCAAUACACCUGAUGUUAAACGUUGCCAAUUAACUUCAAAUGAUAGAUUUUUAUUGAUUGCGUGUGAUGGAUUGUGGAAAGUUUAUAGUCCUGAUCAAGCUAUAGAAUUCAUUCUUAAUGUACUGCAGGAUAACUCUGUACAAGUUCCAGAGGGAUCAACAAAAACUCUUGAAGAGACAAGAUUUGAAGCAGCAUGCAAUAAACUAGCUAGUGAAGCAGUUCGGAAAGGAAGUGCAGAUAAUGUGACUGUUUUACUUGUGUCUGUUUCGAAACUUUAAUGAACAUGUUCCAUAGCAGUACUGUGAAUGGCUCUGUUCAGAAUUUCGAAAUGCACUUUUUUCAUCAUUCCAUUGAAAAGUAAAACUCAUUGUGAUGCCGAUAGGAACAGGAUGUUUUAAUGUCUUUCCACGAAAAACGAAUAAGGGGAAUUUUUUUUGUUUGGUUUUUCGGGAAAUAAAUGACUUUAUUGCAAUGAUGUUGGGCGACGGCCGACGGCGCACAGCAACUUUGGAAUAGUCUGAUCUCAGCGUUUCGUUUAAUGUUUUCAAAUACAUCUGGCCUUGACUCUUAACAUGUGUGUGUUGGACUCACAAUAAACGUGGAUGAUCAAACACUCGCCAGCAAAA